AUGGCCCUCCAGAGAACUCUCCUGGCGGCCAUUGCUCUUCUGGGAGCUACUGCCCAGGCUACGGGUGUUUCUGGCACUGCCUUCGGUUUUGCGACAGGAACUACUGGCGGUGGUAAUGCGGCCGCAGCUGCCCCUAGCGAUAUCACACAGCUCACCGAGUGGUUGACCGACAGCACUCCCCGGGUCAUUCUCAUCGAUAAGGAGUUCAACUACCUGAACAGCCAGGGCAAAUGCACCGACUGCAAGUGCUGCAUUCCCUCGUCCAACUCCUGUGGCAGCUCUGGUCAAAAUGCUAUCGAUCUGGACUCUUCCUCCUGGUGUGGAAGCUACCCGACUACGACUUGUACCUACGACAAGGCCGCUAUCGAUGGUAUCAAUGUUGCCUCCAAUAAGUCUAUUGUCGGUGUUGGGAGUGCCGGUGUUAUUCGUGGUAAGGGUCUGCGUCUGGUAAAUGGCGUUAGCAAUGUGAUUAUUCAGAAUAUUCAUAUUACCGAGCUUAACCCUCAGUACAUCUGGGGUGGCGAUGCUAUUACACUGGAUGGUACAGACCAGGUCUGGAUUGAUCACGUCAAGAUAUCCCUGAUCGGUCGCCAGAUGUUUGUUGCUGGAUAUGAGGCGAGCGGUCGUGUCACCAUCUCCAACAGUGAGUUUGACGGCCAGACGAGCUGGUCCGCUUCCUGCGAUGGACACCACUAUUGGACUGUCCUGGGCUACGGUAAAAACGACAAGGUGACCUUUACUGGAAACUACAUCCAUCAUACCUCCGGCCGCUCCCCCAAGCUUGAGUUCAACAGCUACUGGCACGUCUACAACAACUUCUGGUUCAACAACACCGGCCACGCCUUUGACAUCGGUGAAGGUACCAACGCUCUGAUAGAAGGCAACGUCUUCCAACAGGUCAAGACUCCGUUCCUGGCUGACAGCUCCCCCGGCAAGACCUUCGCCGUUACCGCUAGCGACAAGUCAACCUGCGACUCUGCUCUCGGCCGUACCUGCGCGGCUAAUACAUUGACUUCCUCGGGUACUUUAUCGGCCAGUGACGAGUCUGUCUUGUCUAGCUGGCCGAGCGGUGAGUCUGGCAUUGACGUUCUGGACGCUGGUCGUGUCAAGUCCUCAGUGCUUAGCAAUGCGGGUGUUGGUAAACUCAGCAGUGCUACCUCUUCGAAGAAGGCCCGCCAGUUUGACGGAUGGGGCCAUGCUCUCUCCUCUGCGGGUCCUGGAGCCACUCCCUGUGCGACCCCCAGUGGUGCUGCUCCCAAGUGGACCUGGAAGACUAUCGGGGUUAAGCCUACUCAUCAGCCUAGUGGUUUCCCUCCUCUUCCUAAGGAGAGCCACGGUGCUGGUAGCGGUAGCUUCCCCUUUGGCUUCUUCUAA